AUGACCAACUUUAUCAGCAGAAGCUUGAUCCUGGCUUCUUUGAUGGGGCUGCUGCUGUUGUACCUGUCUGGCACUUCUGAAGCACAAAACAACCAAGAUUGCUGCCUCUCUUACUCCACAGUACGGCUGCCUCGAGGAGUCAUAAAGGGCUACACAGAACAGCUAUCCAGUGAAGUCUGCGACAUCAGUGCUAUCAUUUUUCACACAAAGAAUGGAAUGAAAGCUUGUGCAAAUCCAGAAGACCGCUGGGUGAAGAAGCAUCUUCUUUGGCUGAGCCAUAAACUCAAGAAGAUGUCACUGUAA